GUUACCUCCUCUCUUUUCUAUUUCUCUUCUAAGCCCAUGGCUGAAAGGUUGUUAGUAAGAGCAUUGAGGGGUGGUAAAAGUACUAAGAUCGUUACCUUGAAUGGGAAGAAGAUAACAAAGAUGCCGUCAACAUUAGAAAAACUGCCUGGCCUGAAGACUCUAGACCUUCAGAAUAACCUAAUUCCCAAAGUGUGCCCAGAGAUAAGCACCUUAACCCAGUUGACAGCACUAAAUCUGGGAAACAACCUUUUAGAAGAAGUUCCAGAAGAGAUGAAAUACCUUACAUCCCUGAAAAAGCUCCAUUUAUUUGGAAAUAGAAUUCAUAGAUUUGCAUCUGGAGCAUGUGAUGGCUUAAAAAAUUUGAUCCUGCUUAAUCUGAACAACAAUCUACUCACAUGGAUUCCUGAAGAAGUCAGCAGAUUAAAAAGCCUUACAUGUUUGAGUAUAAAUCAUAACCAGCUAGCCAGCAUUCCUAGACAACUUUGUUUCCUUGAGAAUCUUUCUGAACUUCAACUUAAUUACAACCAGCUCAUUUGCAUACCUGAAGAGAUUAAGUUCUUGAAGAUGCUCCAGAAGCUUCUUCUGGUCAGGAACAACAUUGAUGUUUUGCCAGAGGGAUUUUGUGAUCUUAGAAACCUAAGAAUCCUAGACAUAGCUGGAAAUAUUAUACAGAUAUUUCCACCAGGAUUUCAGGAUCUGAAGCUGAGGGAAUUCUACUGUGAGGGAAACCCACUGUUCCUGAAGCAGCCUGUUAGUGCUGUAAAACAAGAGGAGGUCUGGAAUCUACAGGAAAUAACAUCAAGAUUUAUAAUGAAUCAGCUAGCAGAAAAGAAUCCUUUCCUAAUGCAAGCCAUAGCAUGGUAUCCACAAGUCAGGAACACAAUCUCUCGAGGAAGAAAAUGUACAAUAUGUGGAAAGUCCUUUUUAACUACAUGGUUGGAAUGUGUUGAAUUUGUCCCACCAUCAAAGAACUGGAAGAUAAGCAGAAAUCUACAGCUGGUACCUCUUCGAAUAUUAAUUUGUUCUUACAAAUGUUUUAGUCAACGUGGCCCUAACCUGUUUGGAAUUGCUCAAGUGUAGAGCAAGUGAGAAGCUCAUUUAGAGCCUCAUAUGACUUUCACUGUCAACUCUACACACACAGAUUAUGCCCUAAUUAAGAUACCAUGCUGUGUCUCUUCUCUUUGUUAACACAUUACGCAAAAGAAGAAAAAUAAUUUACUUGUAAAGAUCCCAAUUUAACCAUCACAAUCUAUCUUUAGAUUCUUUAGACUCUAGAUGAGCUGUUUCUUCGACUUAGAAACAAAA